CUUUGAAAGUAGCUAAAAAGUAGCCGCAACUCUUUCUGGAAAAGUAGCUAAACUACAAAUUUUUCAGCAGCUAUCCCAACCCUGAUAAUAGGUCCUGGUUAAGGGGUGGUAACUACGUAACCAGAACAUAUGCAUCAGCUGCCAGCACAUCGCUUCCCUACAACAUAAGACACCAUUAUAAAAAUAAACAAAUAAAAAGUAGUUUAUAUAUGAGGGUGUAUGAUGUACAGUUUCACUUAGGCCUAAACCCAUUUCCAUUUCUUCUUUUUACCCUGAUCACUUGUUUUUGAGUGUCUCCCUAACCCCUUGGAAGACCCUAACCCCUUGGAGUUACAAGGCAUAGUGGUUCCACCCUGUUCCACCUUAAAUGAUGCAGCAGUUUCAUUCUUGCACUUCAUGCAGAGUGAGGCCAGUAAGUCAUAUCGAUGAAGUGCAGCUAAUAUGUUGCUGAAUGAUAUUAGGCUUCUGGAGAAUCGCCAAACUUGAUUGGCCUUUUUAUGGUUAGACGUGUACACAGACAUGUAACUUGUGAAAUAACUGGUGUGUUCCUUUUGCAUAAACACAAGCAUUUUGGCUGUGAAUCAUUAUCAAACUGUCAUUUCCUUUGACAGAUGGGACAAAUGUAUAUCCUUUAAAAACAAGUCAGGACACUGGGACAUGGACUGAAAUACAAGAUGCCUGGUCAUCCUAUAUUGACAUAUAAAUCAUUAGACAUUAUAACAACAUGGUAAAACUAAGUGUAGUCAUACUUUGUUCACCUAGUUUUACCUUUGUCAGAUCAAUUAUGCAUCCGUGUCAGGGGCCCAAGGGUUAACUACCUCUUUUACCUAAACUGUUACUCCUCCCAGCUCACAUUCUUUCUUCUGACCUGAGGUGCUUUAGUCAGCACAACCAUUGUUUUUCUUUUGCUCAAGCUGUGUAAAUGAUCAAAAUGUGCACUUAUUUUUUAGACAUGUUGCUUUUUAAAUGCUUCCAGUGCACUUAGAAAAAAUGAUAUAUCAAUAAAUAACACAAUGGCAGUAAUACACUCGAGGGUGUGCUCUACCUUGUCAUACUGUGCUACAUUUGCAGAUUUGAAACUGCAACAAUGCCAGUAUCUCACGGUGUAGCACUUCUAAUCUACUACUAUGUUAAUGCCUCUCAUGGUGCACUGUGUAACCUGCUCAGAUUAAUGUCUAUAUUUAAUGACUAGUACAGUAUAACACAGUUUCAAUGUUAUUCUAAAUGGACAAGUAUGUUUUGAACAAUUUAACUUUACAUUAAGCUGCAUUAGAAAUAUUCCAUUCAAGGUGCUUGUUUCUAGAACUGUUUACACGAGUAGCUUAACUAAACUAGUAGAUAAUAUAUUUUAAAUCCAUAAUAAACUGUAGACAUACACAGGCUUCAAGCAAUUUGUGGGGAGCAUGGGAACGGCACAGUUAGACAACCUGAUUUACAACUUGGUUUGAAUAUUGAACUUUGAAUGCAAGCAAAUGUUCCAGAUAGACACCAACAAAAAAUUUGUGACCAGGGGUCUAUAAUUUUUUGAUUUGGGCCUGCCCAUACCUGUGCCUAAGGCCUGGUCUUUAGCCCUCCCAGCUAUGUGGGCCUUUGGCUGAGCGCUCCAACACCUGGCUUCACAGCACCACCCAUGCACUGAAAAGCACUGUUUAUUAUUAUGGAACUAAUUGUGAAAUAAACAUUACUUUUAAAACAAGUUUUUAAUAAUCUGUGGUGUACCUAGGAUCUUGUGGGCUCCAGUACAAAAACAAUUAAUAGCCCCCUCACCAUAUAAAAAUAACUUUCAGUGAAUAAAAAACAAUGACAACCUAAUUUGCAUGUUUAUUCAGUAUUGUUACAUCUCAAAGUUGAUACUUUUAAGUGGAAUGGAUAGAAAUACAGUAAAAUUAUGUGGUUGACAGUAAAGUUGGUUGACAGUAUUCUGUUGGUUAAAUGAAUACAAUUAUAAGAACAGCAGCCCCUGAUUUUAUUUAAUGGAGGAUUGAUUUAGAAAAACUAGGUAUUGGGUAGUGUCUAUAAACACUGGAAAUUAUCCAGGAGAGAUUUAGAAAAUGGUUUAGCACACAUCAAAUCACAAUGGAUUUUUGAUUUGCUUAUUUGUAUUUAUUCUAGUGUUUCUGGAACAAACAAACACAUCUUGCUUAGAUAAAUAACUUCGCAUAUCAUUUUCUAAGUUGUGUGCUAUUGCUUGUUUAUAAGUAGUGAUUCCAGUCUUAAAAUGUAGGCUAUGUCAUGUGAUACUAAGUAGCCUAUUUCAUCAAUGUGACAGCAGAAUAAUCAGCUCAGUCACCUAAACAUUCCAGUAUAAAUAAUACUCCAGUCUAUAGCCGGGGUUUCUCAACCUGUUGUCUGCAGACCACCAGUGAGCUGCGAAGCACCCUGCAGUGGUCCAUGGGCCUGAACUCUGGGGAGGCAGUAGUUCAUAGUAGGCUGGUAAUGUCACUUUAAUGUCAUAAAAAACAUAAUUGGGGCAAAAAAAAAAUUACUAUAACGCACUGCUUUUCUUAGCUUAUUGGCUUAUUAAAGCAGAGUUCAGACAGAACCACAGAAGUUGCAAUCCUGUUAUAGCUGUAUCCCGUAUUAAACGUGUCAGGACUCAAGGACACAAUUGAAUAGCAGCUGGUAAUAACAUGAUGAUACACACAUAUGGUGGGUCUAAAUUAACAGCCAUGUGGUUUGGAGUUUACUGUCUUUAUCUCACUACAAGUUUACUACAUCUAAUUUACCAAAGAAUGGCCUUGAAUUAAUUGUACAUUUGUGUGGACAUCACACACAACAGUGCUGAAUGACCCACAUAGUAACAGCUGAAGGCUAAGUUAAGUAUUAAAGUUGCACUGGAAGAGACAAUAGCGGCUGAUUCUUCCAAUCAAACCAUUAUUAUUUAUGUAAAAGCCUGUUCAACGAUCAGGUCAUUGUGCCUGAAAGUAUCUAUUUGAUUAGACCAAACUGCAUUCAGUGCACUUGAAUAUACGACAGCCACACUUUUUAAAUAAUUAUUCAAUAUGCAAUUGAAUGUUAGCUUGUUUGACCUUGAGUUCUAAUCUAAAUAUGUUACAAAUUAAAUUUUAGAGCAGGCAUCAGUAAUCUGUGGUUGAAUAUAUAAAAGCAACCAUCCUAAACAUGGGCAUGAAUAACUGAAUCAGUUUAUGAAAGCACAAAAAGAGCACUCUGCACUCUUAGCAAACUGAGGGCUGAGGAACCCAUAAAAUUACAAGUUGUCUUUCCUUGGUCUGUUUUGCACAUAGAGAAAAUGCUUCCUAUAAACAGACAAAACAUUCCCGGAAGAAAACCCCCACAAAAACUGUAACUCAGUCCAAGACUCGUUUGUGCUAAAGAAAAAGGACACAAAAAUAUUGUGGUCAUCUUUCUGUUAUUUAACCCGUUGAUCACACUGACAGUUCCGUUUCUUAUUCAGACAAAUGGGAUUAAAAUAAUGUAUAAAAGUAACUUUUACCAAGGAAAAUGUCAGCUGUACAAUCCCAUACUACAGUAAAAUUUCUUUAACUGUUCUUGGCUUGGAUGUACGGUUCUGGGUAAAACCUAUAACUGGUAUAAAACCAUUAGAUGUUACAUUAUAUGGGGGUUCUUUAAACUUUAAAAGAUCUUCAUGCUAAUAAACAUUGAAUGUUUCUUUUGGGAAAGAAAGUGGAACCUGCUAUUCAUUAAUGCUAUUCAGUCACAUUUUUCAGUCAGUUGCAUUCAUGGUGUGAAAUAUCACGGACUCAAUUUGCACAUUUAGCUUAUUAAAUGUUCCACUUUAUAUGCUUUUAUAAAUCAUUCUGGGAGAAUGGAGCAAUGUGCAGAAACCAGCUUGCUAGGCAGGUUAAACAGCAGCUGUUAACCCUCCUGUUAUGUUCAUUUGUCAGGAACAGCCAUGGUGUUCCCGGGUCAAUUUGACCCGGUACAUGUUUAAUUACCCAAAAGAUGUCUGAAACCAAAAAAAUCCUAACAAGCAGUGUGAAUAUUUAAUUACUAACUCCAUUACUAAUUAUUCUACCAAUAUUUAGUGCAAUGGUGUUCUUUACCUGUAACAGGUAAUGGUUCAAUUAGGAUAAUUCACUCGUUUUUCAUUUUAAAAAAUGCAUGUUCAAACUUUUUUUAAUGUUUCACUACUUUAUUACUUUUGAAAUGCCAACAUAAAAAACACAAUAGUUUUACAUGCAUGCACUAUGAACCAGAAAUGUACUACUAUCUACACAGCACACGAGUGACAUGUCAUCACACUGUGCUUUGUGCAAAUGAAUUUUGCACAUUUCACACAGGUCAUGUUUGUCUUGACAUCGUCAGAUGGCCUGCAGACCUGGCACCAGCCUUUCAUCCACUGUGAUAUUAGGGCUUGGGUUGUAGAGUAGUGGACGUUGCUCUACCCACUUGUCCCACACUGUCCUAAUAGCUGCCAGCUUGUCUCUCUGGUCUAUCAGCCCUUGUCUCUCGAUUAUCAAAUCGAAUUACUCUGGAGAAAAUAUGAAAAGUCUCCAUAGACAUUGUGGCUCGAAAUAUAGCCCUGCCUGUCUCUGCAUCCCACAGACCGGCUGUCAAUUCAUCCUUCGACUUAUAGACCCCCUCCUUCCACUUCUCCCCCAAAACACGCCUCCCUUCUAGAUUUGCCAUUUCCAGAAUGAUUUUUUUGUAUUGAAUCUGGCAUGACCAGCUCAAAGGCUGACUUGAUGUCAGUCACACAACUCAGUGCCAUCCUAGUGGGCCCUGGCACUGUCUUUAUUAUGUUUUCUGCAGACAGUUUUGCCUGACGCACAUUUGGGGAUGAAGACCACUGUAUUUCACCAUUUUUUUGACACGUAUGUCUUGCUUGGAGGAAUAGGAAUAACAAUUCCCUCAUCUGGUUCAAAAUCAGAAUCAUCAGAAUCAGAAUUUAGCUCAAGAUAGUCAUCGUCUUCAGACACAUCCUCCUCUGUUUCACUGUCAUGAUCAAUGAUGACUUCCAGAGCCUCCUGGACUGUCAUCCUUUUGCUUCAGCUGCUCAUUUUGUAAAGGUCUGGUCUGCUUGACAGAGUGUAAUGUUGGGUGUACUCCCAUGCAGAGGAUUUUAUAUUUUGCCCCUCCCCUGUUUAGUGUCCACUGAAUGUGGGUGUAGUUUACCCACGAGAACAUAAAUGGUUUCUAUAAGGUAAAAGUCAUAACAUCUGCACCUCUGUGUGUGUGUGUGUGUGUGUGUGUGUGUGAUUGGGGUGAAAUAUGUCUCACAGUUGCAAAGAAAGAAAUACUCUGACAUUUUUGACACCCUAUUACCUCCAGUUUGACUGCUGGGUCAUAUUGACCCGAACAGUAUCUAUGUGAUAUAAACAUGCAGGGGGUGGUUACAAAUAUGUGAGAUGAACCAUUUUCAUAUUAUAUGUUGAUUACACAAUUUAAGGCAAGCAGAAGAAGUUUGAUGCUGAAAAAAUACUUUUAACUAUUUUUCCUAGAUCUUCAAACCUUGAAACAGGUCAAUUUGACCCGUAACAUAAUAGGAGGGUUAAGUUAAACAUCUCCACGAAGAUCUUUGCCAGCCAGGCCUGGGCUGAUCAGACUCACAGUAGACAGAAAUAUAGAUACGAAGGGUCUGAAAUGUUUGGGUUUUGAUGAGAUCACACUGUUGCAGUGACAUCUGAAUGUGGUUCAGUUUUACUGCAGAACUAUGAGCAGUGACAUAAUUGGAUGGAAGUGACCGAACCUGAGCAUACUGUGUGUUGGGCCUAUAAUGCCAUUGUCACAGCUUCUGUGCUUGUGCCACACUGAUCUUCUGUCUGAUCUCUGCUAAACACAAGGCCCAGUUUUAUGGACACGGAUUAAGCCCAGUCUUUGACUAAACUGUCAUUCUAAUGGUGCUCCACCUAUUAAAACCUAAUUUAGUUAAAGUUUAGGCUAGGAAAUUGCAAGGCCAGUUGUGAAUCACCAUUGCAAGUUCUUUUCACUCUACACAUAGACUUUAUGUAGGUCUGGUGUUACCUUUUCCUGCCUUCUGCCUCUCGACUGUGGUCGCGAGGACUCAGAGGAGCUGCUUCACCUGCCAGCUCCUGGUCCAGAACGGUGUCUGCUUUCUACCUGUUAUGGAGUAAUACCCAAACUUUGGUUAAUUUCCACCGCAAGGACGGGUCAAGGGUUGGACUACCUCGAAGUCCUAGUUGUUUAUUGCAGACAGCUUAAGCAUAACGCAGAAAUGAACCGAGUCGCCGUGUUAAAUGAAAGAAUGCAGGAUGUUCUUUCCGGCACAUGAUUAAAUGCAGUGUCUUGUUCACACUGUCAGUUGGGCUUGUUUGGUGUGUCAGGUAGAGAUUCACAAACAUUCUGACAAUCGUGCUUUGAAAGUAGCUAAAAAGUAGCCGCAACUCUUUCUGGAAAAGUAGCUAAAUGACUAAUUUUUCAGCAGCUAUCCCAACCCUGAUAAUAGGUCCUGGUUAAGGGGUGGUAACUACGUAACCAGAACAUAUGCAUCAGCUGCCAGCACAUCGCUUCCCUACAACAUAAUGUUUGAGGAUACAGCUCACGACGACUACUACAACAGGCACCACAAUAUCCAUAAUGCAAUGCGUCCCCAAAACAUUAACCCCUUACAUUCCCAACACUGGGAAACUGACUUUAAGUCUUAAAGCAACACCAAAUGGUCACAUUUUAGCAGCUGUAACCCACAUUGCACUUUAAUUUGCCCACCAAUAUUGCACCAUCUAUGACUUGUACUCGUGUUGGUCCAAUAAAUAAGUAAUCAGUGUAUGUAAACAUUAGCCACAGCCUGGUGCUCCAAGAGUUAACGUCUGCUCUUAUCUAGCCAGUCACGCCACCCUGCACUCACCCCUUCUGGCAACUUUCAACGCCUUGGCAUGCACAACUGUUCUCUCUGACUUCCGCUCAAAAGAGCACAAUGGAUCUUAAGGAAUACUUCAAAAGGAUUGGCUUCACUGGUCUGUAUGACAAAGCUGACCUGCCCACUCUGUGCACCAUACACAAGCUGCAUGUGAUGACUGUUCCCUUCGAGAACCUCAGUAUCCACUGUGGAGAGAAGAUCACUAUGGACUUGAAGGUCAUCUAUAAGAAGAUUGUGCUCGACCAUCGUGGAGGUUGGUGCUGUGAGAACAACCUGCUCUUCUCCUGGGUGCUGAGAGAAAUGGGCUAUAAAUUCACCCGACUUGGGGCCAGGGUCUUCAACAUGCUCAAAAACGACUUCAAUCCUAUGGAUUCACAUCUUAUCAACCUGGUAGAGAUUGAUGGUAAGCCUUAUAUUGCUGAUGUGAGUUUUGGGGUGUCGUGCCAAAUCUGGCAGCCGUUAGAAAUGAUUGCAGGUAAAGACCAAACUCAGCCCCCAGGGGUGUUCCGUCUACUGAAUGAUGGCGAGAGGUGGACCCUGGAGAAGACAGGGAGGAAGCCGCUGAUCCAGAACGAGGCCAUGGUCACCUGUAGCCUCGUUGACAAGCGCCAGACGAAGACCAUAUACAGCUUCUUCUUAAUACAACGAGAUGCUGGCCAUUUUCUGAACACAAUCGAGUACCUCCAGACCAGUUGUGAUUCUUUGUUCACCCAGAAAUCCAUCUGUUCCCUUCAGACAGCCACUGGUUUCAGAGCUCUGAUUGGUUGGACCUACAGUGAGGUCACAUUUAAACCUCAAGAUGACACAGACAUCAUGGACAUCAGGGAUAUACCAGACAGUGAGAUAGAGACUGUACUGAAGGAAAAGUUUAAAAUAACUUUACAUAAUAAACUGACACCUAUAAACAACAAAGCUUCCUAUAAAAUAUAAGGAAUAUACUGAUACAUAUAUAUUGAGCUUUACUCACAGUUUUUAUGCGUAUACCUAAUAAACUAGACUUUCCACAUUUUAUGAAUGAAUGUACAUUGUUUCAUAGGUCAGUUGUAAAAGUGUUAUAUGAUGUAUGAUAUAAUCAUGUCUCUUACAACCACAGAAAAUGUUUAUAUGAUGAGUGCUGAUCUGUUUAAUGUGGCAUUCUCAGUUGUAAUCUCACAAAAAAACAAACAAAAAUCACAAAAAUAAAGCUUAAUGACGGUGUUGA